UUCCGCCGUACGAUCAUAUAAAUAGAUCUCGAUCACGUUUCGGCAUUCGCUAGGGUAAACCGACCGAAUAUUGAGUCUUAAAAAAUCAAUGUGGAAGAUCAACAAAGUUUGCGUUCUUACGAGACAGACAGAGAUGAAUAAAGUGCCUGUGUUUUGUGUAAUAUUCAUAGCAUGUCACGCAUGUGCAGGACGAGAACCUUGUUGUCCUCCAUGUUGAUUUUUCAUAAAUAGUCACAGCUUAAUUUUCGGACGGUUUUCCCUAGGUUUCGGCAGUAUAUAAGUGUAGUGCCGUUUAUAUGACCGUGGUCGUGGGUUCUGUUAUGUACUUAUGUGUCUUAUCCCUGUAAGAAAAAAUUCCAGCACAGGGGAAGGAGGAAAGAGUCACAUUUGAGACAGACGAAAUAUCUACCUUUCUAUUGAUCUUUCUGAUACAGAUUUGCUUAUGCUAAGCUCGUAUGAUAUUAAUGUUAAUAGACUUAAGUGAUUAUGUGUACCUGUAUGAAUACAUCAUCAAAUUAAAUAUGUUUAGUAAUAAAAAGAACAAUUUACCACCGAGACCUCAUAUUCCGGAUUCUGAACAUAUAUUAGAAGACCUUAAUAAUGCUCCUAUAGAUGACAUAGCAUUUAAAAUAAUUAAUAAAGAUAAAACUUUUGGAGAACAUUCAAUAAACACGAAUACUUCCGAUACCUAUCAGAAGGUAAAGAUGUAUUUAAGUAUAAAACAACAGUUAAGAUAUUUGGAAACUACCCUUGCAGAAAGAGAACAACAGCUGAAAGCUGAUAACGAAGAAAUAAGAAAACUUGCAGACAAUAUUAAGAAACAAGCACAAGCUGCAUUAAUAACAUAAAUUUUUUAUAUUUAUAAAUUCUACUGAAAUCAACUGAUUAAUCCUUCAUAUGAAAAAAAUUUUAAUAUAUAAUCAUUAUCAAUUUCA